AUGACCUCCAGUACACAAGAAGUGAAGCUUAUCCUGGAAGGACUUGUCUCCAUUGCUUCCAAGGGCCUACAGAAGAUAGAUCUCCAGGAGAUCUUCCAUGUCAUACAGGAGCUUGGAAAGGGUGGCUAUGAUCAAAAAAUGGCCUUAAAGGUCAUGGACAAGAAGAAAACAUCUAAUUGCUUCCUCAAGGAGUUCAGCAUGUCUUUCUUCCUCUCAUCCCAUCCCAACAUUAUUGAAACAUAUGGCAUUGCCUUCAAGACUGGAGACUCCUUUGCCUUUUCCCAGGAGCUGUCGGUGGCUGGUGAUCUCUUCUCUCUUAUUCCACCCCAAUGUGGACUUCCAGAAGACAUCGUAAAGAGAUGUUCGGUGCAGAUCUCCAGUGCCCUGGACUUCAUAGACAGGCAAGGCCUGGUACAUCUGGAUAUCAAACCUGAAAACAUCCUGGUGUUUGAUAAGGACUGCCACUGUGUUAAAUUAACUGACUUUGGUCUUUCAGCGGUUAAAGGAACAGUAACUAAAGUCAGGUCCUGGCAGCAUCUCAUAUAUGGCCCGGAGAUGAGCCAACUCAACAACCAGGGCACUUUGCUUGUAAGAGCCACACUGGACGUGUGGUCCUUUGGUAUUGUUCUCUACUGCUUGCUCACGGGUGACUUUCCAUGGCAGUCAGCAGUUUCCACAGACAAAGACUAUAUGUUUUGUGAAUGGCAAAAUAAUUUUGAGACCAUAGACUGUAAAAAGAGGGACAAAUCAACUGAAGUCUUGAUGUUCUUGGGUGAAUACUGGAAAGAACAAAUCUCAGAGUCAACAGAAGGAACCUUGGGACAUGCAGAUGCUACCAAAGUGAAUUUGUCUGAGGAGUCUGCCAGGAUUGCAACAAACGCCUCCGACAGCAGUGUGUCCACCACUUCUCUUCUAAGUGCCAUGUCCUGUUAUUUGACCUCUGACAGCUUUGAGUCUGAGAGAGAAGAACCUCCAAUGGAUUUGAAGGAUAAUGUCCUCAAUCCACCAAUACAUAUAGAUGAUGAGAUAUCAGUCCAUGUUGGGGCAGAGGUGGAAAUUGGAUGA